AUGGCCGGAGAACGUGCUCCCAAGUACCGGCAGGAGAUCCAGCAGAUGAUGUUCGUCUCUGGAGAAACCGCCGAGCCAUCUCAAGAAACAACUACCCUUAUCGAAGAAAUCGUCCGCCAACAAGUCGUUGAAAUGCUCACUCGCAGCACCGCCCUGGCAACCCGCCGCGGAAACCGAUCAAUAUCAACCGACGACCUGAUCUUUCUAAUCCGACACGACAAAGCCAAAGUCAGCCGCCUCAGAACUUUCUUAUCGUGGAAAGACGUCCGCAAAAACGUCAAGGACUCGGAUGACAAGGCCGGUGCAGAUGCCGCCGAUUUCGCGGCUGGCGACGAUCCGCUCGCGGGCGCUGGUGUAGCUGGCCCCCAGGAUAUGGCCGCAAAACCGAAAAAUAAACGUGCCAAAGUCGGGUUACCGUGGGACAUUAACAGUUUUUAUUCCGUGCAAGCACCGGAGCGAGAGGAUGAGGAGGACGAAGAAGAGGAAGAACAGAAUUAUGCUACGCUACAACGUCUCGCAACCGCCGACGAACGGACGAAGAAUAUGACGAGAGAGGAAUAUGUGUUCUGGUCGGACUGUCGACAGGCGUCUUUUACAUUUCGGAAGGGUAAACGAUUCCGUGAAUGGGCUGGAUUCGGAAUUGUGACUGAGUCGAAACCUAAUGAUGAUAUUGUCGAUAUUUUGGGGUUCUUGACGUUUGAGAUUGUGCAAACGCUAACCGAGGAAGCGCUCAAAGUGAAAGAGCGCGAAGAUCGUGAAAAGAAAGGUAGAGGAGGGGCGGAUUCUGAUGCAGGCGAUAAUCCGAAGAAGAGGAAACGUGAGACGGGACUGUUUGAUCCUCCGGAAGAAGGGAGGACGCCGAUUGAGCCGAGACAUAUUCGAGAGGCGUUUAGGAAGUUGCAAGCGACGCCGCAGAAGAAUGUCGCUAUGUUGUUACAUGAUGGGCGUGUUCCUGCGCGGUUUCCUAUUCGGUUGGUUUGA